GCAAUUAGGAAGGACAACAAAACAGUCAAGGACAUAAUCUACAUGAUAAAAGAAACAAUGAAUCCAUUCACUGAAGACAUAGACUCCAAACAUCUGUACAAUAUUGGGACUGGAAAACUGCUCCAGAGGAAGUAGAAAGCUUUCUCCUCAAUGUCAGGGAAGCAGGUGAAGUCCAGAGAAAGAAGUUCAUGAAUGAGUGCCGCCAAGAGCCUGGAAGGUUUCUAGCAAAGAUUACUCGGCAAGAGGUGUCAACAUUUGCAACUGCAGGAACAAAAUCAAAGAAAACAGAUGUAAAAAGAGUGGCAGCAUGUAUGGUCCGUGACUUGUUUGGUAGCAUUCUGUAUGCUUCAGUAGAGAAACGCAUCGACUUAGCAGAAGUGCUAAAAUAUCCUCUGACACCUGUACCAUUAUCACUCUGUCAUGUGGAUGGUACAAUGCUGAAAACACCAAAAUCGGCUCUGAUGCAAUAUCUUGAGAACAAGGUGAAAUCAAACUCUCCGGAACACAUCGAUGUCACCAUAAUCGAUGCAUCAUUUUACUUCCAUCUAUUGCCAGGUGCAGCCCUUCCCACGAAAUUUGGUGGGAUAUCAUCACACAUUUUACGGAAAAUCAUGGCAUCAGAAGGCGAUGAAAUUCACUUCGUGUCUGAUAAAUGGCUAAGUCCAUCAAUCAAAGACUGUGAAAGAGCUGCAAGGGAUGGAUCUGUUAAUUCAUUCAAAAUAACAGGUGGCAAUCAGAAAAGACCAGCCAAUUGGAUGAGUGCUUUACGCAACGCAGGAUUUAAAGAAUCUCUGGUCAAGUACUUGGUUGCUAGUUGGUCAGAUGAUUGCAAUGUGAAACACUUGGGAACCAAAACCUUGUAUGCAAAUGAUGGCGACACCUGCUACAAAUAUGUGGUGGAAGGGAAUUCGGUCAUGAAAUCAGAAGAAUCAAGAUACAGCAAUGACCACGAAGAAGCAGACGCAAGAAUGUUCUUCCAUGUGCACAAGAUAACUGGACAGAAAAACAUAGUGAUAAGAACGAAUGACACUGACUGCUUAGUUAUUGGUCUUGGAUCUCGGUCAAACUUCUGUAAUCACAAGGUUUGGAUAGAUGCAGGACUAGUCUCAAACAAUACACGAAGGUACAUCGACAUGACCAAGCUUGCAGCAAACCUAGGCGAGUCAUUGUGUUCAGCGAUGCCUGCAUACCAUGCAUUCACUGGCUGCGACUACACUGCAGCAUUUUCCCGAAAAGGAAAAGUUCGGCCACUAAAGAUCUUGGAGAAGAACGCCAAUUUCCAGAACUCUUUCACAGCCUUAGGGAAGGAACAAACAAUAUCAGAUGAAACUUUUUCAUCAAUUGAGAAGUUCACAGCUGAAAUGUACGGUAAAAGGAAAAGUCAAUUCAUCAAUGAUAUACGAUUAUAAUUAUUCCUAGAACGGUACAAACCUUCUGGUAAAUUGGAUGAAGCGCGCAUCAGCUGUUUGAAAAAAAUGGACGGAAGCACCCUCCCACCGUGUCACAAUGUCCUGAAGCAGAAAAUAAAGAGAGUACACCUCAUAGCUAACAGGUGGAAUUCUGUUGACCUUGCUACUCAGAGUCCUAUCUCGCCAACAGAGUCUGGAUGGACUUUGGGAUAUGGUAGUUACCAGAUUCUUUGGACAGAAGGUGACUUGUACCCCAAGACAAUCGACGUGCUGCAGAAUGACAAGGAUGGCUCCGAUGAUGAAGAUAUUAAUGACUGCACAGAUGACUUGGCAAUGGAAAGUGACACUGAUGCAGAUGAUACUACUGACGAUGAAACUGAAAACAGCGAGUGACUGUAAAGACCAAUGAAUACACGUUAACAUAUUGAGAAACAAUAUACUCUUGAAAAAAUAUAUGUAAAAUGUCUUCCAUACUCUAUGCUAUACUAUAUGCAUCAGGUAUUUCCAACGAAUGCUAGUUUUUAUGUCUGCCUUAGUUAUGCUCCUUCUACCUAUAGUAGAAAUCUGAAACCUCUAGGAACAGGUUUUUUUUUGUUGUUAUCCUUAGGAACAAAGAUAUGCAAAUUUGGGGGGUCAGCUCACCCUAACUCACCCCCCUUAAAUCCUUAAAUCAAGCCAGUUUAAAUGUCAGCAUCAGUUUAACUAUUUAUUCUACCUAUGGUAGAAAUCUGAAAGUUGUAGGAACAGGUUUUUUUGUUGUUGUUGUUAUCCUUAGGAACAAAGAGAUGUAAGUUUUUGGGGGUCAGCUGACAUUAACUUACCACCCUUAAAUCAAGUGAGUUUAAAUGUCAGCAUCAGUUUAACUAUUUAUUCUACCUAUGGUAGAAAUCUGAAAGUUGUAGGAACAGUUUUUGUUGUUGUUGUUGUUAUCCUUAGGAACAAAGAGAUGUAAAUUUUGGGGGUCAGCUGACACUAACUUACCACCCUUUAAUCAUGUCAGUUAAUAUGUCAAUAUUAGUUAAGCUACUUAUUCUACCUAUGGUAGAAAUCUGAAUGUUGUACGAACAAUUUAUUUUAUUUUACCCCUAGGAACUAAAUGGGACACAUUUUGGGGGUCAGCUGACUCCAUCUUACCACCAGAAAAAUAAGUCAGUUUUUACUCCAACAUUACUUUUGUUACUUAAAGUAACUAUAUAAUAAAUAUAAAAACUGUAACUCAUAGUUGUCCUUUUUUUACCUCACGGGGUCAAAAUGGGCAAAAUUUGGAGGUCAGCUGACCACAUCUUACCACCUGAUAAUGUUGUCAGUUUUAGUCUCAUUAUCAAUUUGGACAGAUUAACUCUGUGCUACUGCAUUUUGGUACGUGUAGCUCUUGGGGUAAGACAUUUUUACCCCAAGGGCCAAAAUCAGACUAAAUUUGGAGGGCAGCUGACCCCCUUUUACCACCGAGAAAUAGUGUCAGUUAUUAGUAGAUUCAUAUCUACUGCAUUUUAUCAUUAUACUGAGUGAAUAUGAUUCGUGUAGCUUUUGGGGUAAAAUCCAACACUUUUAGGGUCUUUUUAAGGGCAGCUGACCCCUUCAUCCCCCUUAAAUAUUCUGUGAGUUAUAUCGCCAUAUUAUUAAGAAUAAAUACAUAGUAUUAUAUACAAAGUUUGAAGUGUAUAGUUUGAAAAGUAAAAUCAACCUCAAAAAGGGGUAUUUUGGCACCCCCUGGGGGCAACACCCACCCGAGUUGAAGCAGCUGACAAACCUUUUUCAAUUGUCGGUGAUAAACUUAACCAAGUUAGAGCAUUAUAUCUUCUGGGCUCGUUGGGGUAAAAUCACCCGUAGCUAGCUCUCGGACUAUAAGUGCGGGGCUAGACUAACCCCGCAGCCGCCACUACCCUAUCGGCCAGUUUCACGUGGAAAUGCUAUAGCGGCGAUAGCCGCCAUUGGUAACGAUCAAAACAAACAAAAUGACUGUGAAAGUGGCCCUAAGUGCAUGUUGUGAAGUAUAGAAGUGUGGAGAGGGAGGACCUAAGAAGCGAUACAAAGCGUUACAGGUCAAAAGAAGAAGGUCCACACUGGCCGGUGUUACGAGAAAUAUUUCCCCGAUGAAAUUAGUCAUUCUGAUGUCCACCACGAAUGCGCGCUGUGGGAAUACACAACAUUAAAAGUAUUAAUUAGCUGGUUUUGUUCUAGUUUGUCCGCUUGUGAUCUUUGUAAGCGGUGAGGGAAAUAUGGAAACAAUAAGCAAGAUGAACC